AUGGCCGACAAUGGCGACGACGAGGCGGCCGCUGGAUUCCUCUACAACAGCCAGCUGGAUGCUUUCGACCUCUACCACAUCGUCCAGGAAGAAACCAGGCCGCGGCGCGCCCCGCUCGGCCCCGCCUUGCCCGCGCUCGGCCACGCGACGUCCGGCGCGCUGGGUUCCGCGAUAGCGAAGCUGCUAAUGUACCCGCUCGACCUCGUCAUCACGCGGCUGCAGGUGCAAGCACAGUUCGAGAGCGGUGAUGGUAAUGGCGACGAUGAUGCCGACUACAAGGACAUCAUCGACGCGAUCAAGAAGAUUUACGCCAGAGAGGGCGGGCUGCCGGCGUUCUACAGCGGCGUGGCGCAAGACCUGGCCAAGAGCGUGGCCGACUCCUUCCUCUUCUUCCUGGCGUACAAUUUCGUCAAGAGCAGCAGACAGGCGCGCAAGGCGGAUCCGAAGAAGGCGCUGCCGGCGUUUGAGGAGAUUGCCGUGGGCAUGGUGGCCGGCGCCUUCUCCAAGUUCUGGACGACGCCGGUGCAGAACAUCGUCACGCGCAAGCAGACGGCCAGCAUGGUGGCGGCGCGGGACAGGACGAGCAGCGCGAGCCCGGAGCUCAGCGCGCGCGACAUCGCGCUGCAGAUUCGCCACGAGAAGGGCGUGCGAGGCUUCUGGUCGGGCUACUCGGCCGCCCUCAUCCUCACGCUCAACCCGGCGCUGACGUUCCUGCUGCACGAGUCGCUGCUCAGGCUGGUGGUGCCGCGCGCGGGCCGCGCGAAGCCCGGGUCCAGGGUCACGUUUCUGAUCGCGGCCUUCAGCAAGGUGGUCGCUUCGACCAUUACGUACCCGGUCUCGCUGGCCAAGACGCGCGCGCAGGCGUCAUCGCAGGCCCCGACGGAGGAAACGGAGGGCGGCGACUCGCUGCGGGAGAAGGACUCGAAUUCGGCCGCGACGAAGCAGACGAAGCGGGCGGGCCGCGCGACCAUCUUCGGCUCGAUUCUGGCCAUCGCACGGAGGGAAGGCAUGGCAGGGUUGUACCAAGGGCUGGGUGGGGAGGUGCUGAAGGGCUUCUUCAGCCACGGCCUCACGAUGCUGAUGAAGGAGCGCAUACACGUGGUGGUGAUCCAGCUGUAUUACCUCAUCCUCAAGGCGUUGCGGCGGUAUCCGGGCCCGCAGGAGCUGGCGGCGCAGGCGCAGGAGGAGAUGCGGGAGGCGGUGGAGGCGGGCCGAGAACUGGUGGGCUCGGCGUCAGAGAAGCUGGCGGGCGCCAUGGAGCAGACGUCGACGCAGGUGGGCGACGUCUACGGCAAAAGCGUUGAGCGCGCGGCGGAGCUGGUCAAGCGGGACGGCGGUAAGCAGGGAAAUUAA